CAUUUUUUUUAUUUUUACAUCUUAUGAAAAAAUUUGAUUGGGAAAUCUUGCUAUUCCCAGCAUCUUGUCUUCCUCAAUCACUGAACUGAGAUAUCUACCAAAACCCUGAUUGGCAUCCAAACUUCAACGAAUUUAAUCAAAAAUUUCAAUUUCUAUGAGACACUCUGUACAGAUAAAACCCUAAAUUUUGGGGGAAUUGACAUGGACGCGAAAGACAUCCUCGGACUACCCAAAACUCAGUUAACAUUAACACAAGACAAGAAAUCUCGGCCCCAGAAGGAACCUCAACGGAAACCCGAUGGCAUCUCACGCGAGGUUUAUGCGCUUACUGGAGGUUUGGCGCCACUUAUGCCAUCCAUUGAUGUGUCUCAGUUGAAAAAACGACCACCAUCAGACGAGAAGAUUACUUGGCAGUGGCUUCCUUUCACAAAUUCUGCCCGUAAAGAUGACUUGCAGCUUUACCAUUGGGUCAGAGUUGUGAAUGGUGUUCCACCAACAGGUGACUACUCUUUUGCUAAGUAUAACAAGUCUGUUGAUGUUGUCAAAUACACAAAUGAGGAGUAUGAGAAGUAUUUAACAGAUCCUACAUGGACCAAAGAGGAGACAGAUCAAUUGUUUGACUUGUGUGAAAAGUUUGAUCUCCGCUUCAUUAUUAUAGCUGACAGAUUCCCAUCAUCUCGGUCUGUGGAAGAACUAAAGGAUCGUUAUUAUAGUGUAUCUCGAGCUAUAAUGAUUGCUAGGGCUCCAUCUCCAGCAGAUGUUUCAGGUCAUCCUCUUGUUAAGGAGCCGUAUAAUAUUUCACAAGAGAAAGAACGGAAGCGCGCAUUGUCAAUGGUCCUAUCACAAACAAAACAACAAGAGCGUAAAGAUGCCGAGGUUUUGGCUGAAGCAAAAAGAAUAGCUGAGUCACGCAUGCCUGCACAGGCUGCCGAAGAGCCUGAGUUGCCUGUUACAUCUCAUGCUGGUGCAGAAACUACAGACCAAGUUGUUCUUGGUGAUACUGUACCCCCUUCAUUAAAUGUUCAGCUUCCUGCAGCAGUGGUUGCACCUUCAACCUCCAUAAUGGCUGACAGUGCCUCUACUCUGGCUUCUCUGCUCAUGCUUAAGGUUUAUUUGAGGACUUAUGCACUGGAGCAGAUGGUACAAGCUGCAAGCUCAUCUGCUGGACUUCGGACUAUCAAGCGAGUUGAGCAGACCUUACAAGAACUUGGGGUUAAUUUGAAACCUAAAAUGCCAACUAAAGCUGUUUGUGCGGAGCAUCUUGAAUUAAGAAAAGAAAUAUUGACUCUACUAAAUCUUCAGAAGCAGUUGCAAUACAAGGAGGCAGAAGGUUCAUCUUACCGUGAUGGUUCAUACAUUGAUACACCUGGCACGCCUAAGCGUUCCCAGCGUGGUGGGGAUCAAGAUCGAACAUUUUUUCCAGACUCUGGAAGUUUUGGAGGAGAAAGGGUUGGCAAGAACCAAAAACGCAAGGGACCUGGAAGGCAAUCAGAGGCUCCAUCUUCGCCUGCGCAUAAAAGGCCCAGAAAAAUGAAGGCUUCAGAUCUAUAAUUUUUUAGGACACAACGGCUUAUAUUUUGCUACUGAGUUCUUUACGCUUUAAGUUAAAUAGCAGAGGAGGAUAAGCCAGGUUCUUGCCUCAGGUUCACAAAAUGUACCAGCCAGUUGUAUGUAGUAAGUUUUAAAUCGCAAAAUCUUUGUUAGGUCUAUAAUGUAAGAAGUAAUAUAAGUCCAAUUCUAGGCGCUUUAAGAUUUAACAUGUAGUAACACUCAGCAUUUCGAUUGCGAUGGACCAAGCUGGUGAAAUGUUAGAGAGAAUAGUGCUUCCUGAUAUAAACCAUAUUUUGUUAGCAGUA